AAAGCAAAAAACACAGCAAGCAAAACACAGCAAACAAAUGUUAACCCUAUAGCUACUUUUAGAAUAAUUUUUCUUGUGUUUUCUAAUAGGGCUUCCUCACCCCCCGAAGGGCUAUGUCUGUUAGGGCCUUUAUAUGAUCAGGUUCUUUAUGUUAUUUUAUGAUUAGGGUAUUAUAAGCAAUCAUGCAUAUUAGUACCAAGGGCAUAAAUGCAUUUGCCAGACAAACUAAAAUACCAGCAAAGGAAUUUAAAUUAAAACACUCCUUUCACCCUGGAUAAUCUCAUAAAACACCACCACCUGGGAAACUUAUUGAUUAAAGUUCUAAGUAGAUUCUUAUUUGGGAAGAGAUUGGGGAAGGCUUUCUGCCUGUGUCACAGAAAUUAGGGAGUAGUCUAUUGAGGCAGGCAUCAGAAAGACAGAUAUCAUCUUUAAGGUGAACGCCAGGGGCAGCUUUUCAAAAUCACUGAAAACCUGAUCUGCCUUGCCUGUCAGGCUUUCUCCCUCAUGACCUUGUCAUGGGUAGGGUCUCGUGUGUUGGCUCCCAGCAAACCUCUGUGCUAUAUAACUUCCAUGGUCUCUUUAAGCUCUGAAUCCUAAGGCUCUUCCAUGACCUUUAGUGUUCCAUAUUCUGCAGUAUGUGAAAGGACUUUUUCCAACAUCAAGUAGAGAGGAUGCUGUUCCUUGCUUCCUUUGCCUUAUUACAGAACAGCUUUCUACCUCAUCGCCUACAUUUCUGCCUUUGAAUCCUGGAUCCUUGGUGUUUUCCAAGGCCUUAGAGUAAGAAGACAGGUUUCCACUUCCUUUCAAUUAAAAAAAAAAUGUUUAAGUAUACUCGUUCUUCACUAUUCUAGGUUAUUUGAUAAAGUAAACAAAAUUUUCCUCUAAUUCCAUUAGGGGAUAACUGGUUUCUAUUGUCAGGGUCCACUCUAAAGUCUCAAAUUACAGUUGAUUCUUUAACAACAGGGGUCUGAACUGAGUAUUUACACAAUGAUUUUUAUUUUAAUAAGUACAUGAAGUACUACAUUGGAGAAGGCAAUGGCACUCCACUCCUGUACUCUUGCCUGGAAAAUCCCAUCGACAGAGGAGCCUGGAAGGCUGAGGUCCAUGGGGUCGCUGAGGGUCGGACAUAACUGAGUGACUUCACUUUCCCUUUUCACUUUCAUGCAUUGGAGAAGGAAAUGGCAAUCCACUCCAGUGUUCUUGCCUGGAGAAUCCAGGGAAGGGGGAGCCUGGUGGGCUGCCGUCUAUGGGGUUGCACAGAGUCGGACACGACUGAAGUGACUUAGCAGCAGUAGCAGCAAGUACUACAUGAUCCACAAUUGAUUGAAUCACCUGUUGCAGAACCAUGGAUAUGGACGGUUCACUAUGGGAUUCUGAGCAUUUGUGGAUUUUGGUAUCCCCAACAGCUUCUGGACCCAACCCCCUGCAAAUACUCAAGGAUGACUGUCUUGACUAGUUAAAACCAAAGAUCUGAGAACAUUUAGAUCAAAAAAAAAUUAUAAGGUACACAGAGGUAUAAAUGUCUUAUUCUUUUGUAAGAAUGCUUAAAUUUUGUGGUUUUUUUUUUUUUUGGCUGCACCUUCCUCCUCCAGGGAUCCAACCAGAACCCCAGAUGAAAGCAGUAGAAGCACAGAGUCUUAAACAUGGACCACCCGGAAACUCCCUUUUUUAAAACAUUUUUUUGCUUAGAUUUUUUGUUUGUUUGUUUUUGGAGGGCCUUAUAAGCCCGGCGGGCUGCCGUCUAUGGGGUGGCAGAGAGUCGGACACGACUGAAGCGACUUCGCAGCAGCAUAAGCCACUUGCUCUUUCAUUUGAUUUAUACUAUAUUGCUUUCUCCUAAUCAAGAGAAAGCAUAAUGCUUUGACAGAGUAAAUUAUUUUACUUAAAGCAUGUUUCUAUAUAUUCCUAUAUGCUUGCAUGCAUGCUAAGUCGCUUCAGUCGUGUCUGACUCUGUGCGACCUUAUGGACAGCAGCCCUCCAGGCUCCUCUGUCCACGGGAUUCUCCAGGCAAGAAUACUGGAGUGGGUUGCCAUCUCCUUCUCCCAUAUUCCUAUACAGACCUAGGUAGAAAAUUAAAGGGAUAUGUAUAAGUUUUCAAAGUGUAAAUUUCAAAUAAUCUUAUAUUAUAGAUAUUAUAUGCUAGAAAUAAUAUGACGUAUAGGUACAAAAAGCAUCUCAUGAGUUCUAUGAUUACUUGGGGAAGCCUAAUUGGAGGUUUCUGGAGCUGACACCUGAUCGUUUCAAACUCUGAAAAGUAAACCAGCCUAAGCAGGCAGGCGUUCCACAUGAAGGAAACACCCAUGGGGGCUGUGUAUCCUUGCUUUAUGACUCCCAGGCAAAUAAACCUUGUUCUCCAUGCGAUAAACCUUUAACUUGCAGUACGUGGUAGUCUUCCCCCAUUUAAUACUGAGCGCCUACAGCAUGUCAUUCAGCCGUGAAGAAACACCAACGCUGGUCCUUACGGAGUUUACGCUAACGGGACGCUCUUUAAUGCCUUCUAUCACCCAGUUAUUCCCAAAAGAUAAUCUCGCCACGUCAGCCAAAUUUGUAAAACCUUCCUUGGGCAGAGGGAAAGGAACGCGCAACUUCAGACCAGCUGGAAACGCAAACAGCCGGCGCACGGAAUGGACGUUGGGCACCUGGCCUGCAGCCGCUCCGAGCGGCGCGCGGCUCUGACGCGCAGACCCCGCCCCCAGUCCUCCUCAGCGGCCCCGCUCCCUCGAGCUAAGUGCGCAGGCUCCGCCUCCGGGCUCCGGUUCUGCUGGAGACGCAGCCCCGCGACUACAUCGCCUUCCAGCGAUCUUCUGAGCGCGUCGUCUGGUCUUGUCCUACCGCAGUGGCUGCGCUGUCGCCUGCGCGUUCGCAGGCAGGGUGGUACCGCCAGCCAGUCUCCAGCCUCGGGGGUUUGGUGAACACGAGCCGCAGCGUGCCUGGAGAGUGCAACCCCUCGCCCGGCCCGGCGAGUCCCGGGCGUGAGCCGCGCUGACCGAGGGAGGAUGGCAGCCUCUGGGGUAGAGAAGAGCAGCAAGAAGAAGACCGAGAAGAAACUUGCUGCUCGAGAGGAAGCCAAAUUGUUGGCAGGCUUCAUGGGCGUCAUGAAUAACAUGCGGAAACAGAAAACACUGUGUGAUGUGAUCCUUAUGGUCCAGGAAAGGAAGAUACCUGCUCAUCGUGUUGUCCUUGCUGCAGCCAGUCAUUUUUUUAACUUAAUGUUCACAACUAACAUGAUUGAAUCAAAGUCCUUUGAAGUGGAACUCAAAGAUGCCGAACCUGACAUUAUUGAACAACUUGUGGAAUUUGCUUAUACAGCUAGAAUUUCUGUGAAUAGCAACAAUGUUCAGUCCUUGCUAGAUGCAGCAAACCAGUACCAGAUUGAACCUGUGAAGAAAAUGUGUGUUGAUUUUUUGAAAGAACAAGUUGAUGCUUCAAACUGUCUUGGUAUAAGUGUACUAGCGGAGUGUCUAGACUGUCCUGAAUUGAAAGCAACUGCAGAUGACUUUAUUCAUCAGCAUUUUACUGAAGUUUAUAAAACUGAUGAAUUUCUACAACUUGAUGUCAAGCGAGUUACACAUCUCCUCAACCAGGACACUCUGACUGUGAGAGCAGAGGAUCAGGUUUAUGACGCUGCAGUAAGGUGGUUGAAAUAUGAUGAACCUAAUCGCCAGCCUUUUAUGGUUGACAUCCUUGCUAAAGUCAGGUUUCCUCUUAUCUCAAAGAAUUUCUUAAGUAAAACAGUACAAGCUGAACCACUUAUUCAAGACAAUCCUGAAUGCCUUAAGAUGGUGAUAAGUGGGAUGAGGUAUCAUCUCCUUUCUCCAGAGGAUCGAGAAGAACUGGUAGAAGGCACAAGGCCCAGAAGGAAGAAACAUGACUACCGCAUAGCCCUGUUUGGAGGCUCCCAACCACAGUCUUGUAGAUAUUUUAACCCAAAGGAUUAUAGCUGGACAGACAUCCGCUGCCCCUUUGAAAAACGAAGAGAUGCAGCAUGCGUGUUUUGGGACAAUGUAGUUUACAUUUUGGGUGGCUCCCAGCUUUUCCCUAUAAAGCGAAUGGACUGUUAUAAUGUCGUUAAGGAUAGCUGGUAUUCCAAACUGGGCCCUCCAACACCUCGAGACAGCCUUGCUGCGUGUGCUGCAGAAGGCAAAAUUUAUACAUCCGGAGGUUCCGAAGUUGGAAACUCAGCUCUGUAUUUAUUUGAGUGCUAUGAUACGAGAACUGAGAGCUGGCACACGAAGCCCAGCAUGCUGACUCAGCGCUGCAGCCACGGGAUGGUGGAAGCCAAUGGCCUGAUCUAUGUUUGUGGUGGAAGUUUAGGGAACAACGUUUCUGGGCGAGUCUUGAAUUCCUGUGAAGUCUAUGAUCCUGCCACAGAAACGUGGACUGAGCUGUGUCCAAUGAUUGAAGCCAGAAAGAAUCAUGGGCUGGUAUUUGUAAAAGACAAGAUAUUUGCUGUGGGUGGUCAGAAUGGCUUAGGUGGUCUGGACAAUGUGGAAUAUUAUGAUAUUAAGUUAAACGAAUGGAAGAUGGUCUCACCAAUGCCAUGGAAGGGAGUAACAGUGAAGUGUGCAGCAGUUGGUUCUAUAGUUUAUGUCUUGGCUGGUUUUCAAGGUGUGGGUCGACUAGGAAACAUCCUUGAAUAUAAUACUGAAACAGACAAAUGGGUCGCCAACUCCAAAGUCCGAGCUUUUCCAGUAACAAGUUGUUUAAUUUGUGUUGUUGAUACUUGCGGAGCAAAUGAAGAAACCCUUGAAACAUGAAAAAUGAGUGAACUUCAAGAUUCAUUGGAGGCUCAAAAAUAUGGCCACCGUGCUUUGUUCCAAGAGUGCAGUUACAAAGUUUUAGUUUGGUAUUUUGUUGUUGUUGUUGUUGUUUUUAAGGAAGUUUCAAGUAAAGUAAGAUUCAUGUAAAAUAGAUUUUCUUUUAUAUGAAUUUCCUUAAUUAAAAGACCAUAUUUCAACUGGCCAUAUAACCAAGAACAAAUCUAGCAAGAAAACUUGUAAAAUUAUAAGCACUUGGUGAAAAUAUGAAUUCUUAAAUGAAUUUCACAUUUGUUUAAGUAUGAUUAGGGCAGAAUGGGGGACUGACUCAUGAUUGAAGCAGUCUCAUGUUAGCUCUAGAUUCUAUUUUCAUACAUCAUAGAAGUGCUAUGUAGUUAUGUCUGUUUCUUUUCAGUCAAAAACUAAGAAAUAGUAUGAAUUGUAAGUCAAAGAUAGUUCUGAUGGAGCAGCUUAGUCUCAUAUAAUUUUGCUUGUCUUCAUUUGUUCCAUUUAGUGCCAAAUGUAUUCCAUUUUAAAAGCAAGCCAGAGUGAGUCAAAGCAUACACUUAUAUCUCAUAAAACCUCAUAAAUACAUUUUGGGAGUUAAAAUGUAAUCAACUCCUCAUGAAAUAUAUUCAGUACAAUUAAAUAAUUCUAUCUUUUUAACACAAAAUGUGAAGCUUAGCACCCAUCAUUAAUUUACGUCACUUUUUUAACCCAGGGAUUAAAAAAGGAUUAUACCUCCUCAGUGCUCACUCUGUUAAUAUUACCUAGCAAAAGAAAGCUACUUAUAGCAAAUUCUAGGUCACUAGAAUAUCACUGAUAGUUAUACACUGUCAAUGUUGAAUCUGAACUUCUUAUAGAUUAAAAAGGUACAUAAUUUCUCUUCCUUAGCAUAACAUAUCAGCAAAUUUGACCCAGUUGUCUCUACAAGUUUUGUAAUUGAGUUAAAUAUUUGUCAUAUUAAUUACUUAUAUGUGAUCAGUAAAUCCUUUACAAAACCAACUGUUCAUUUCUUUCCUAGUAAUGUUUUACCCUUUUACAUUAUGAAAUGUAUGGAAUGAGCCAUGUAAAGCUGUCACCAUGAAUGUUUUUAAACCUGAUAAUAUUAAAUAUUUUUAAACUUCAA